AUGGUGCUGCCACUUGAACUCCUACUUUCCCCAUGGAUUGCUCUUAUUGGACCUAUAUUUGUGGCUCUAUAUUAUCUCGUUCCUUAUUUCUGGACACUUAAUCACUUGAGGGAUAUCCCCGGGCCCCUUGCAGGUCAGCUCUCGAACUUCUGGCUUUUGCUUGCUUGUCGAGCAGGCAAGCGUUACAAAUAUGUAGAUGAAGCUCACAAGCGAUAUGGCCCUAUUGUCCGCAUACAGCCUAAUCAUAUCAGCAUUGCCGAUGAGGAGGUCAUUCAGACCAUAUACGGACAUGGGAGCGGUCUUCUAAAAUCGUCCUAUUAUGACGCUUCCCUCAUCACCACUCGCAGCAUCUUUACUUCCAGGGACCGCGCCGAGCAUUCUCGAAAAAGAAAAGUGGUGUCCCAUAGCUUUGCGCCACAGGCGAUGCGAAACUUCGAGCCGUUCAUCCAUUCAUGGUUGAAGAUCUUCAUCCAGAAGUGGGACGAUAUCGCCCAGAAGGAAGCCCAACCUGACGGUUAUGCAGAUGUGGAGGGCCGCGUGUGGCUCAAUUACCUGGUCCUGGACAUCAUCGGCGACCUUGCAUUCGGUGCACCCUUUGGUGUGCUCGAAGCUGCUUCAGAGGAUAUAACGAUUCGCCUCAGCAAGGAGAAGUCCAUCUCUCUCCCGGUUAUCACGAGCCUCACGACCAGGAGCGAAAUCGCAGCGACUGUAGGAGCACUCCCCGAACUCCGGCCCUACUUAAAAUGGAUCCCCGACCCCUUCUUCCAUGCGGGUGUCACAGGAAUGAACAACUUGCGUAGCCUGGGCACAGCUCGCAUCCUCGAUCGCCUGAGUAACCCACCCAGCGCGGACCGCCACAAGGACUUGCUCGAGCGCGUGCGAGAGGGGCGUGACGACAACGGCCAGCCCUUUGGAGUAGGAGAGCUCACCGCUGAAUCUUUGACCGUGCUCAUUGCGGGCACGGACACCACGAGUAGCACGUUUGCGGCAUUGAUGUACCAUGUCGUUAGAACCCCUGGCGUUUUGAAGAAGCUACAAGCAGAACUCGACUCGGCGCUUCCGGCAGACACAGUGAUUCCCUCGUAUGACCAGGUGAAAACGCUUCCGUAUCUAGGUGCUAUCAUCAAUGAAUCACUACGGCACCAUUCCUCUAUCAGUCUAGGUCUCCCACGUGAAAUCCCACGAGGCACCCCAGGCCUCACCAUAAGGGGACGUUACUACCCCCCAGGUACUGUUUUGAGUAUUCCAAUCUACACAGUGCACCACCUGAAGGAAGUCUGGGGCCGACGUGGAUGA